AUGUCGCUCCUCUCACAACUUGUACCCCUCAUCCUCCUCUUCCUCGGCGUCGCUGUCGCUGGCUUCAUUGGUUUCGUGGCCUACUCUAUCGCUUCAGAUAUCGCAGAUAAGACAUCCAAAAAGAUGGAAAAGAAGAACGUCACAUUUGGGAAAGAGGGCAUGAAGAUCGGUGUCAAGGAGGUGAAAACAGAGAAUUAUGUCGAUCAGACACAAAGCUUGCUCGUCAAGGCUUGGAACUUCUCCACUUGGCCCGCUUAUAAGUCACGCUUCUGGAACAAAGAGGACGAGAAGGGCGCCCCAACGAGUGCUCGACCACCGUAUGUAAUGUCUUGA